UUCUGUUUCGGCACGGUAAGUCUUUGGUUAUUUCAUGUUACGGAGGAGUCGAGUACAUAUCUUUUACAGCUUUUCUUCGGUAACUUUAUAUUAACUAGUUUCACAGUUAAUGUACUGGUAAAUUAUGACUUUUGAUAUGGGUAUAUAGAAGCUGUAGGAGCAGCUUCACAGCAUCUUAGCCUGACGUUAGCCUGAACCAGUGAGCUGCUGAACUGGACGAGUUAACUUGAGUAGGUGUGGAGCUAAGGCGAGUUUUUACAAAUCAAGAUUUGCUUCCACACCCUACCAUGGAGUCAUUUGGAGCUGUUGGAACCGUUCUUGGAUGCUCCGUGUGCUUUGCGGUGUGUGGGCUAGCGUUUGCAGCCUACAAACUUGGAUUACUCUACCAGUUGUUUCACACGACUGAAACACAGAGUCCACGUUACGGUGGUGAGAGUGUGGCAGAGGUCCUCCGUGCCCAUGGGGUCAAGUAUGUUUUCACUCUUGUCGGUGGACACAUCUCGCCUAUCCUGGUGGCUUGUGAGAAGGUGGGCAUCCGGAUUGUGGACACCAGACACGAGGCCACUGCUGUAUUUGCUGCUGAUGCUGUGGCAAGACUUUCAGGCACUGUUGGUGUAGCAGCAGUGACUGCCGGUCCAGGCCUCACUAACACAGUGACAGCAGUGAAGAAUGCUCAAAUGGCUGAGUCACCAUUGUUGUUAAUGGCGGGAGCGGCUGGUACACUGCUUCAGGGCAGAGGAGCGCUGCAAGAUAUCGACCAGAUGUCUCUCUUCAAGCCACUGUGCAAGUUCUGUGCCUCCAUAAGGACCGUCAGGGAGAUUGUGCCUACGAUCAGGAAGGCCCUGGCCAUCGCCCAGUCGGGAACUCCUGGUCCUGUUUUUAUAGAGUUCCCCAUUGACACGCUCUACCCCUUCCACCUGGUGUCCAAAGAGUUUGCAGAGAAAAACCCUCCCAAAGGCCUGAUGGGAAAACUUGUCUCAUGGUACCUCAAUAACCACCUCAGUAACCUGUUUGCUGGAGCUUGGGAGGUCAGAGAUAUGUCUCCGCUUCCAGUUGACAUCCCUCAAGCCACGGACAAUCAGGUACAAAGGUGCAUAGAGAUGGUGAGUCGAGCCAAGAAGCCUGUUAUUCUGCUGGGUAGCCAAGCAACACUACCCCCAACUCCAGUCAAUGAUAUCAGGAAGGCGCUGGAGGACCUGGGCAUCCCUUGCUUCCUUGGAGGCAUGUCCCGUGGCAUGCUAGGUAAAGACAGUCCCAUCCACAUCAGACAGAACAGGCGAGAUGCUUUGAAGGAGGCCGACGUGGUGCUCUUAGCAGGCACCGUGUGUGACUUCCGGCUGAGCUAUGGCAGAGUUCUCAGCAGACGCAGUAAGAUCAUUGCCGUCAACAGAGAUAAGACACAGCUGCUGAAAAACGCAGAUAUGUUCUGGAAACCAACUAUAGCAGUUCAGGGUGACGCUGGUUCAUUCUUGGUGCGGCUUUCCAAAGGCUUGAAGGGACAUCGCUGUCCAGAGGAAUGGCCUCAGUGCCUCAAAGCAAGAGAUGCGACCAAAGAAAAUGAAAACAGGGCUAAAGCUGACGAGAAGACUGAGCUCCAUUUAAAUCCACUGAAAGUCCUCCACCGUGUGGACGAGUUGAUGGCAGAGGACAGUAUUAUUGUUGCAGAUGGGGGUGACUUUGUUGGAAGCGCUGCCUACAUAUUGAGACCAAGAGGACCUCUGCGCUGGCUAGAUCCAGGAGCAUUUGGGACUUUGGGAGUUGGAGGAGGAUUUGCCCUGGGAGCAAAACUGUGUCGGCCUGAGUCUGAGGUGUGGAUAGUGUAUGGUGAUGGCUCCUUAGGAUUCAGUGUUGCAGAGUUUGACACAUUCACAAGACAUAAGACACCAGUUAUAGCUGUGGUAGGAAAUGAUGCGUGUUGGAGUCAGAUCUCCAGAGAGCAGGUUCCCAUCCUUGGCAGUAACGUGGCAUGUGGCCUUGCAUUUACAGNUUAUCACAUAGUGGCAGAUGGUUACGGUGGUAAGGGCUACCUUAUAGGGCGUGAGGAUGAGGACAGACUAAGCGACGUCAUCAGACAGGCUCAGAGGGACACCCAUGAGGGCAAGGCUGUACUUCUUAAUGUUCUGAUAGGGAAGACCAACUUCAGAGAGGGCUCCAUAUCUGUAUAGAACAGCGGUGUUUAAGUACAUUAUUUUUCCUUGAGCUUUUAUAUAUUUUUGUCAUCAGGCUCUAUGAAAGGUGUCAGAAAAGAGGAGAAUACUGUCUGCCUGAGAGAAAUCAUUGUUAAGUUAUCAAUUAUGACCAGUAUGCCUUUCUUUCUGUUAUCAGCUGAGCACAGAGCCUUUUAGGGGGAUACAUGAAAUCUUACAGCUGUGAUUAUUCUUUAUCGGUUGAGAUAAAAUUUUGUUCAAUCUGGAAUAUUUUUUUUUUUUUUUGAAUGUUGAAGACUGACAGAUGGUAUGUCUUUUAAUGUUUGUAUCUUUGAUAUGGAAAGAAAUGUAUGUAUGUAAAUGAUAGCCUAUUUAAUACUAUUAGUAUUCAGUGAUGUGGACUAUCAUGUUAAAUAUGCCUACACACUAUGUAUUGCACUAUAAUUAUGGCUUAUGUACUCAUCACAUGAAUACACGUGGAUGAACUCAUUCCAGUGUGAGGGACGUAUGUCAAACUUUUGAUCAUCUAUCAAGUGUUGGUUUAGACUAAUUCUCAAAUUAAAACAAGUAAUAAGUGGUUUUUUUGAAUCAUCCAAGCACAGAGUGCAUUGUAGGCACUUGUUUGAUUUAGAGAUUAUUAUGCACAUAUAUAACCAACUUGUGUUUAAAUUAAAAAAAAAAAAAACACUUUAACCUUUACUUUACCAGGGAAAUAAAUCCCAUUGAGUUUUACAACCUCUUUUGCAAGGAGGCCCUGGCAAGACGGCAGCAUAAAUCAACCUUGUAGUUGAAUUUAUAAACUGUAAUGAGGUACAGAUGGAUUUCUAAUGUAAUGUUCCCUGAAUUUUAGAAACCCCCUCACAGCAUUGAUUGUGUAACCAGGCCACCCACUCUUCUACCUGUGGUGCAAGUGGGCUUGCUAUCACAGGGUAAAUAACCUGUACUAAAUACUAUAACUGUCAGCACUCGGUCACACUUAUGAAGCCCA